AUGGCGAUCGCUUGGGGGGGGGGGGGGGAGUCCGUCUAUUCAUCUUCUUCCGCUGCUACGCCCGCUUCUCCUCCUCUAGCGACGGUUCGUUCCAACGUGCUCUCAACGCACGGAACCACUGGGAGCUCAACGCCAAGGGUCCCGAUAUUUCGGCCCCGUGGCUCGGUCUCCCCAGCUGGUACUUUGCCGCAGCGCGAGGCAGACCCUAGGUUUAAAAGCUUAGUACGGGAUAAUAAACAAUGUGUGUUAACCAAGCGUGGCCAGCCUACCAUACAAACAGCACACAUUGUACCCAACAAGCUGAAUCAAACAACCAACCGUCACCUUACCAAGCAGGAUUGUUGGGCGUGGCUUGAUGCAUUCUGGGGUAAAGACCGUGUUGAUCAAUGGAAGGCACAGCUGCUGACAGGGGAUGUGAUCGGAACUGAGCGAGUGUCGAAUUUGAUCACCCUUGAAAUGCAAACCCAUGAAUAUUGGGACCGCGCCUCGAUCGCAUUCCGUCCUGUGUGGAUUAAUGCUACAAAUACAGAGAUGCAUAUCGCAUUCCACUGGCUUCCGUUUGUCAAAGAUGGACCAUCGGCAAUUCACAUCAAGCAGACCGAGCUUGUACCGACCCAGGAGCACAUCUUUAGCGACCCAUACUAUAAACCUCGUAUGGGCCCUGGGAUGAAUAACGUGCUUUUCCAUACGGAGACACUCAAGCCGAUCGUCUCUGGCUAUGUUUUCAAGAUGUCCACCACCAACGCAAAGGAGCGGCCACUGCCGUCGAUGGAACUACUGCAACUGAAGUGGAACUUGUCCCGCAUCGCUGCGAUGCAGGGGCCUGCCGAGGACGAAGACAGCGAUUACGAGUCCGACGGAGGCUCUGUUGCCGUUCCCGCAGGUCCUAGAACGCCAGUUAGAGGACGGCGCAUGUCUGAUGAGAAUAGGCCACCCUUCCGUUCCUCUAUCCAAUCAUUGUCUCCAUCAAAGUUGCAGAAUCUGUCGUUGGAGGACGACAACACAUCCAGCUACCUCGUUGAGUAA